GUGCACCGGUCGAACCUAAACUUCAUUAGAAGGUUGAGUUUUCAUCGAUGGGGGACUUGGGAGAUGUCGUUUACAAACCGAGGAACGGUCAUGGCCUAGUCCUCUUCCCGCUCCCUCUUCAAGGGCACAUAAACUCUAUGCUUCAGCUCGCUAACAUCCUAUACUCCCAGGGCUUCUCCAUCACCGUCAUCCACACCGAGUUCAACUCUCCUUCGCUUUCGAAAUUCCCUCACUUCACCUUCCGCUCCAUUCCCGACGGGCUGUCUGGGGAGGGGCACUCGAGUAUAUCUGAUAUGGGGAUCCUGACCCUUCUGUCAGCUCUGAACGUCAACUGUGUCGAGCCGUUCCGGAUGUGUCUGGCGGAGACGUUGCAGUCAAACUCGGAUGCCUCUAAGGACAGGAUUGCCUGCCUGAUCUCCGAUUCCGUCUGGCACUUCAGUCAGCGUAUAGCUGACGAGCUCAAUAUCCGGAGGAUGGAGCUGCGGACAACGAGUAUCUCGUCUUUUUCCGGCUUCUCUGCCUUGCUGAGUCUUCACAAAAGGGGUUAUUUUCCCCUGCAAGAUAUGAAGCUAGAAGAACCUCCGAUGGAGCUUUGGCCACUCAGGUUGAAAGACCUUCCUAUUCUCGAGACGGAGAACCCGGAAGAACUGUAUCGGUUGCUUGAGAGUAUGGUAAAAGAACUGAAGGGCUGUUCGGGACUAAUCUCGAACUCUUUUGAAGAACUCGAACCAGCUAAACUGAAUGAGAGUGGCGGCAUGGAAGUUCCUGUCCCGGUCUUCUCAAUUGGUCCAUUUCACAAGUACUUCCCCGCCUCGUCGAGCAGCUUGCUGAAGCAAGACAAGAGCUCCCUCCUAUGGCUAGACAAGCAAGCACCUAAUUCAGUCCUCUAUGUCAGUUUCGGAAGCCUUGCAUCAAUCGAUGCAGCUCAAUUUGAAGAGAUUGCUUCGGGGCUACUCGAGAGCGAACAGCCAUUUCUGUGGGUUGUUAGGCCGGGGCUUGUCCACGGGCUCGACUUGCUGCCCGGCAGGUUCAUGGGCGCGGUAAGUGGAAGAGGGCUCAUUGUGCAAUGGGCCCCCCAACAAGAAGUUUUGGCCCAUCCGUCGGUCGGUGGGUUCUGGUCGCACUGCGGGUGGAACUCGACAUUGGAGAGCAUAUGCGAAGGGGUGCCUAUGAUAUGUAUGCCGUGUUUCGGGGACCAAAGGGUGAACGCGAGAUUUAUAAGCCAUAUCUGGAGGAUUGGAUUGCAAUUGGAGGGUAAGGCUCAAAGAGGGGACAUAAGGAAUGCAAUUAGGAGAUUAAUGAUGAGUGAGGAAGGGGAGGAGAUCAGAGGUAGGAUGAGGAACUUGAAGGCGAAGGUGGAUUAUUGCGUAAAACCCGAGGGUUCCUCGUACGAUGCUCUUCAAAGUUUAACCACUCAUUUGUUGUCAUUCUAGCCGAUCAUUUUAAAUUGUUGUCUAUUAAUAAAUUUUACGGCCGCGAGAGAAAGGGAGUUUAGUGCAGUAAUUUUCACUCCUAUCGCGAACUUCAAUAUUGCUUUCUGUCUAGAGAAUUAUGAAGAGUUGAAUUGAAGAA